AUGUCUGCGAUCUGCGGCGUCUGUAAUUCGACUUGUGAUGAGAAAAGUGAAAUCAGGUGUAGUGCUUGUGAGGUCGUUUUUCAUCUGAAGUGCUUGAAAGCCGAUGCGGAAGGAGUCAAGACCCGUGCCAACAAAGAGUGGAAGUGUAGGGACUGUCGCUCUGUAAGUAACAGUACGAAAUCUGCCACAGGAACCAGUGCCUUGACAAAGGAUUUCUUACGAAAGGUUAUUGAGGAGUUCAAGACUGAUGUGUUCAGCGAGCUGAAGAGCUUCAGGAAGGAUCUUGAGGAGGUCAAGUCGUCAAUGCAGGUAGUGUCGGAUGCAUUAGCUAAGUCAAACGAAAUGAUGAAAGAGAUACAAAAGAGCUACUUGGAGAUGAAAAAGGAAAAUAAAGAGUUAAAAGAAACAACUUUCGUCCUUUCUAGAACCGUCGGCGAGCUACAGGAUAAGGUCAGAACCCUCGAGCAGUACACUAGGAAGAACAAUAUUGAAAUAAGUGGGAUUCCUGUAACACCUAGAGAGUCAGUGAACGAGAUCGUCAAGGACCUUGGGAAGGUGCUGGGAGUGGAGGUGGACGAUAGCCAAAUCAACGCAGCUCACCGUAUCCCAUCUUUCAAGAAAGAGCGCAUCCCGUCCAUUGUGGUACAGUUCCAUGCCAGGAGCACAAAAGAAGAAUGGGUAAGCAAGUUCCAGAAACGCAAGCAAAGAAGCAGUCUAUUCGCAAGUGAUGUCAACGUUGCUUAUUCAAGAAAUAGAGUAUUCGUCAGUGAACACCUGUCACCAGAUAACAAAAUCUUCCUGUCCAAGCUCAAGGAGAAAUGUAAGGACGUUGUCUUCAAGUUUGCUUGGUGUCGUGAUGGAAGAUUUUACGCCAGGAAAAAAGAAGGUGAAAAUUGUGUCAAAAUAAAUACCCUACUAGACAUUGACAAUCUCAAGUAG